UGAGUUGAAUCCAUGGAGAUAACAACAUGGCGGACGGUGUAAAUAAUCAAACCCAGUGGAACACGAUUGGAAUAAUGACAGUGUAAAGCCACUACUUUUGGUUUGGAGUUAGCUCCAACCAUUGACAUAAUGAUGGAGGUCCACAAACUGAGAAACACCACCAUGAACCCCCACGAUCUGACGGCUGGGAGUGAUGAUCAAGGUGAUACAAAAGACAUCUCAGCACUUGAAAUUCUUGUUCAGCGUCGCAAUGCAGAGGAAAGGAGAAAAGCUCGACAUCACUGGACACUGUUGAGGAAUUCUAUCAAGCACACUGUAGAGGCAGUUGCUAAUGCUGACAUUCGUGAUAUUGUCAUUUCACAUGGAAUUCAUCAUGAGCGGAAGUUAAACCACACACAACUUCUUCAAAAUGUCAUCUUUGUAAGCCCCAGGAAGGAAUACCUGACAACAGAUGGGAAAAUAUUUAACAUUUUUAUGGAGGAUGGACGAAAGAAGACAACAGUUACCCCUGAGGAGCCAAUGAACAGAGUGGUCUACUCCACGCAUACUGACCAGUACGUGGGCUGGCUGCAUGAUGACCAGAUGCUCUAUCUGCUUGACAUGGACUUUGAGAUAAUAUCCCAGGCCCGAUGCCCUGGGAACAUCCUGCUGGGAACCUACAACCAGAACACAGGAGAGAUGGUGACACUGGGGUCCCACUUUCUGCAGAGCUGGUCAUUCCGAUACGGAGCCCGGCAUCUGAUCCCCCGAUUGACGACCAGGACAGACUUUGGGGAUGAUAACAUGUUUUCUAUGAUUGUCUUGGAGGAAACAGCCAGUCACACUCAGAGAGCUUUCCUUUCCUGUGGACUAGGUGUUGUGGUGUACAACUUAUAUGAGGGCAAGAUGCUGGAACAUCGCAAGGAACUCCACAGACGGACCAUCACUGCCAUGACUUUCUUCAAUCCUCUCAAGUAUUUGGUCACUGGAGCACAGGAUGGUUCAAUCAAAAUCUGGGACAAUGACUGGCAUGUUGUGAUGGUGUUUGUGGGCCACCGGCGGCGCCUGGUGAACCAACUUACUGUGUACCCCCAUGGACCCUCCAUCAUCUCCGCCAGCUUGGACUGCACCAUCAGGGUGUGGAACAUGGAGACCUGUGAUGAAGUAGACAGAAUUGCCAUGAGUGAGCCAGCAGAGGGACUGGGGACAAGCAUGCAAUAUGACAUUUUCCAUACAUUCGCUGGAAAGAAGGUCGACCUGUGGAGGAUUCAACAUCUGUAUCAGAUGCACACAGCUGUCGGUCACCGAGUGAUGAACAUCAAGAUGACCACACAUCCCAACUUUGUUAUGCGAGCUGUGCUGAUGUGUCGAGACUCCAGUAUCCGUAUCGUGUCGCCACCUACUGGCAACGUCAUCACCACCAUGCUGAUGGAUCCUGGCAAGAACAUCAUGGACUCUGCUUAUGCCAUAGAACAAGAGAUGCUGUUCACGGUCCUUGGUAAUGGCGACAUCAUCAAGUGCCGCACCAACACCAACCCCUGCAGCCUGGUCGCGCGAUGGAAAUGUCAGAAUCCUAACGAUAUGUGUAACUAUCUGCUGGUGUAUGAGUAUGUGGUGGACUCCACGGCUAGACAUGAUAUCUGGGCGCUCAUGAAGAAGGGCGUGGCCACUCGUAGCAUAGCAAACCUAGCCCCUGCCAAGCAGAGCCGGAACCGGACCCUCCUGCUGGGAGGGCGGAAGGAUGGCUACAUCUGUGUGUUCAACUGGGAGACUGGAGCGGUCGACUUCAAGGUGGAAGCACAUGGCAGCAAGGGUGUCCUCAACAUGAUCGCUAACUCCAGGGCCGACCAGGUCAUAUCAGCAGGCAUGGAUAACGUGAUCAAGGUGUGGCGACUGUACCCAUUUGCCCAGGGGCUGACCCCCCUCAUGUCCUUCUACUGCGCCCACACACCGUCCUUCAUGACCACCAUCAAGACCCGGCUGUGUGUGGCCUUCCAGGACCCCUCCACCGCCACCUUCAGCACGGUCCUCUAUAACCUUAAAGAUAAAGAUCGGUUUGACCACAAGCCAGACGAUGACCACCUUGACCUGAUCACAGGGAUGACCUCCUGUCCCCGGAUGAAACUGUUCGCUACCAGCAGCAUGGAUGGCACCGUCCGGGUCAAGGGAGAGGUAAAAACUCUCACAGGGAAAGGUCAAGGGGAGAUCAAACUCUCACAGGAAAGGUCAAGGGGAGAUCAAACUCUCACCAGGUUUGAGGUAAAAAACUCGCACUACCAGGUUAGGAUUAGGGUGAGGUCAAAACUCUUUGGUGAAGGUCAAGGGAGAGGUAAAACUCUCACAGGGAAAGGUCAAGGGGAGAUCAAACUUUCAUCAGGUAAGGUUGUUGCGAGGCUGAACACAACACCGCUGAGUAUCAGGGUUCCUGCAGCCAUAAGGGAGACCUAUUGCUUGGAACAGGGGAUCAUCUCUUCAAAAUCACCACAUGAGAGAUUUCUACCACGAGCGUACAAGUUCCGCAUGGUGUCGAUGAAGUUCGAGGUGGAGCCGAAUGAGGAGCCGAUCCCCUAUGAUGACAACCUCCUGAACAUGCUCAGCAAACAGGAUGUCAAGAGACUGAAAAACUCCAAAUCUUCCUUCAAAUUUGAGCAUUUUGUUGACCUUCUGUCAGCGGAGGAAGAACAGGAAGUGGUGAAGGAGAACCCGGUGAAGAAGGAGCCCUUCCCAGAGGACCACGGUCAUCGGAGACUAGGAUGGGACCAGAUGGACCUUCACAGAAGAGGAUUACCAGAAGAGUGUAGAGCCGGGCCAGCUGGAGUUUUCCUGCUCGUCCCCAACACCAGCCAAGGGCCUCAGAGCCAGCCCUACCCAUCAACCCGCAGUGGCUUCAUCCCCAACUUCGGUGAUGGUGAAGCACCAUUUAAUGGCCGCCACGACAACAGACCGUCCUCGGGAGCUAUGAGGUCAGUCACAUUUGCUACUGGUGAAGAUGGCGAUACUGUGAGAGUGUUUGACUGGGGUGAUGAUGAUGAUGAAGAUGAGGAUGGACUGAAAACGCCGACCAGUCCUCAACCAGGCGAGGCAGGUUCCCGUCGUACAUCGGUCAAGUCUCCAGAGAUACCCAAACUGGUUGAGGGCAAGUCAUCAUCUCUCAUGUCAAAGAUGAAGAACAUCAUGGCACGGCCACCAACCCCAGAGGAGGAAGAGGAAGUCUUCACCCCGAAGGUGUUGUCUCAGAAGUCAGCAUCACCUUACCAGGACCGGGAGAGUCCGGAGUCCGCUGGUCAGCCAACAUCACCUCCACUUCCGACUCCACCCAAGAGAGAACUCAAACCUCUCCAGCCAAUCAGGAAGCUGGUGUCGAGGCCCAGAGUGCCGUUACCCUCACCGUCUCCGUCCCCAGAAAUCCCCACCCCUACUCCACCACCCCCACCUACACCACUGCCAAACUUCAUCAAACAGUUCAUCGGUACAGAGUGGUUCGAGAAGUACUUUCCCAACUGUAACGAGAAAACUAUGCCCAAACCAUGGACCUCGGAUACUCUGGCGAACAUGGUUUUGAAGCUGAUCCGGAUAGCCGAGACCCAGCACAAGACAGCAGUGGUGGAGGCCCUGACCCUUCUGUUCACCCAGGAGAGUCUGACAGGGGCUGUCACGGUGCAGGUCCAGAAGGCCAUCUACUCCGCCCUGAACCACCACAGCAAGCCUCCCACCUGUGCUGUGGAGGACGAGAAGGCCUUCAUCCUCAGCAGUAUCAGGUGUCUGCAGGUUCUGGCAGUCAAGGACAUCGACUUUGUGGUGGAGAUGAUGGUGCAGUUCCUAGAUGGAGACCGUGACGCCAGGUCCAGCAUCAUGGACACCCUGUUUGGAUGUGGUCUGCAGGACCCUCAUCGCAACUUCCAGAAGGAGCUGGACUCUUGGGACAUCUGGAACCUGGACGACAGUGACCGCAAGAUGGAGCUCACCACUUCUAGAAUGUGUCAGCAGUGGCUCAACAGGUGGAUGACCUCCUACAAGCUUCACAUCGAGGAUACAAUCGACCGGAUGAAGAAGGGCCAGAAUGUCCAUGGGAAAAUGACACGGGGUCAGAUACAGAAACAGCAGGGGAAACUCGGAUCCAGUGCUGGUGGCGAUGUAUCGGAUGACCAGACCACGCUCACGACACUUCCAGACGGGGUACAGUUUGUGCCCACAGCAUCACGCAGUAUGACAAUAACCUAUGACAAGAUGCCAGACCAGGCCGUGGUGGAGGCAGUCACGUACCUCGACGCUGUCGGCUACUUCUGUGAGAUGAUGGUGGAGAAGGAGAUCGAGGCGCUGAAGAAAGGAAGGUCUCGCCCACAAGGUCCCCAGCAAGAUAAACCUGGGCCUCCCAAAAACACAGUGCUGGUACUGCCAAAACUACCACAUAAAGCAGCGCUGGUCCGCCUCGGGGAGACACACACCAGUGUGUGUAGGAGGAGCAGAGAUAAACCCCUCACCAUUGAUUUCCACUGCCCCCCUCUUGGUGGCCGCAGUCGACCACUGGUGACAGGGGAGAUAACUACGUUUGUGCCGAGUAUCAACCUGCCAAUGAAGACCUUGUACAUGAACCCAUUCCCAAACAGACUGGACGAGUUCGAUGCCCGCUUCCAGGAACCAGUGCUCAUCACCCUCAAGUCCUCCCAGAAAUUCUUUGUUCCAACUCAGUCAUACAUUCCAAUGGAACAAGUAGUGGCUCCGAGUAGCUGAAUUGGUGUAGAACUCGCCAGAGUCCAAAGACAAUAACAGAAAGAUAUAAUUCACACAUUUUGUACUUCAGGUACUUGAAGUCAAAUAUUUUAUACAUAGAAAUUAAUAUUCAUAUUUGAAGAUGUCAAUGGCAUUAAGGUGAAAUUAUUAGGAAACUGCUGAUAAUGAAAUCCUCAGGAAAUACACAUAUUUGAGAAUAUUCCCAAAUUGCAUGGUCUAGUCCAUGCAUAUUGUCAAUGUGUAACUAAAACUGAUAUAGAGAUUGGAACCAGGAGCAUACGUUUCUUGUCAAAACAUUCACUCAGCUGUGCAGUGGGACUUUUAAACCAUGGUAUUGUUAUAAAUCAUCUCAAAUAUGUUAACUAUCUUCAUAUCAGGAACACGUUUUAAGUCGUUUUUAUAUAAAACUAACUUGUAUGUAGGAGUAGAAUUAACUUUAUUACUUGAAAUUCUUGCUGGAUGACACCAAAACUGGCUCUAUACAGAUAUGUCCACAGUGGUCAUUGUUAAGUUAAAACACAUUGUUUGGUUCAUUCAUAAACCAUUUUAAUUGGGGGACCACCUUGUCAAAAUCUAUGUGAUUAAGGUUAAGAGAAAACAUUCAGGAAUUGUAUACCUGCUCGAAAGUCUAAUUUUUAAAUCAAGUAACAUUUAUUUCCUUUUAAUUACAAUGUCUACAAAUACUGUGUUUAUCAUAAUUACAGAUAGCUGAAAUCGUAUAAGCGAAUUGUUUGGGGUGAUUUGAUUCAGGUAGCUUUUGAUCUGAAUUUUUGUAAAUAUAAAUUGUACAUAUUUAUGGGUAGUAUGGAAAGCAUCUUGAUAGACUGAUAAUUAGUUUUAUGUUUAAACACCAUAUGCAUUGUCAUGUACAACGUAUAAGUGUAGUAGAACCUUGUUAGAGGGACCAUGGAUAGUAGACUGGAACAAGCAAUAUCAAACACCAGUUCUAGGAAGCAUUUGACCACCUCAAAGUGAUUCCUUAACUGUACCAUGAUAAACUGGAUUGGCACAUUUCUGGACAAAGGAAUUCUUCUCGAUUGUAUAUAUAUUAAUUCUUUUCUAUUGUAUAUAUUUACAACGGAAAAGAUGUCAUAGAAUACCUGAUUCCUUCAUGCUACUAUAUUUGAUCUGUCAUAACAUUAGAGAUUAUCAAAAAUAUUAAAGAAUUAUGUGUUUUCUAACUUCUUUUGGGAAGUAUAUGCAGACACUUCUGAUAGAAUCACCUCGAAAUGGGUUCCAGAGUAAUGAGAAUUGACUGUAUGAAGAAGUUUUCUCUGAACAUGUGUUUAUUACAUCAUUAAUAAUGUUUUGGGAAUCCGUUUUGGCAGAUUACCAGGUCUGGGAAACUAUCUGCCAUUGACAUUUUAUGUUUCCUGAAAUAAGAGUUUUAUAUCUACGUGAGGUGUCAAGGUUAUGCCAAAUAUUUUUAUAAUUCUGUAUAUUUCUUCACUAUUCAAAGAUUACCAAAAUAUAUCACAGUUGCAUAUUCCAUCUCGUCAUAUAUACUUCUGAUACGUUCAAUGUAAAGGUCCUAUUGUGUAAGCUGCCAUGAACUUACUAUUGAUAUUCAUGUAAAGGUUUCCUCAUCAUGACCUUGUAAUCAUCAUCAUAUUCAUGCCAGAUGCUGAGAUGUGACAUACUGUGUAUACUCCUUACAGCUGUCAGCUUGUAGUAUUCUGUUUUGGGUCAUGUUAAGGUUAAGGAAGUAAUUUUUUCUGUAAAUAUUUUUAUAAGUGGAACUGAUGUCCCCAAAAUGAACCAAAUUACAACAAUGUUGUAAUGUUUGGUGUGUUUGUGUAUAUAGAUAUAUUUUGUUAUCAGGCCGUCCACCUAUGUUAUCAUACUGCUAAUUACUGACUGUGAUAAUGUCAACUGCUUAUAUCGGAGUGUGAUUAAAUGUUCUUUACC